CAUUUCCCCCACUCCUUUCCUUAAAUUCCUUCUCGUCCUCACUGCAUCUUCCUGCAUGGCUUUCGAGUUGCGCACGCACACCUUACACGCACAAACAAAAGCUAGAUUAAGUGGUAGCGAAGCAAGCGCUUUUCCGACAUUCCUAGUCGACGCGCGCUCGCAUUAUUAUUAACUUAGCUGCCCGCUACAUAAUAUACUGUCCGUAGGAACCAUGAGCGCCGACAAGUACGCCAGCGGGGCACUCGGAGAGCUCGCCGCUUCGUGGCGCCCGGCCAGAGUGCGGUCUUUUUCCAGCUGAAGGCUAUGUGCCGAUGGUCAACGAUGCCCGCUUGCGCUGGGACAACCGUUGCGACUGCAAAUAUAGGUGCUUCCAAGCCAAAUAGUGUUGCUGCUAGUUUGCUUUGCUGACCGCCGCGCCAUGCACGCCUUGAUCGGGCAGUGUCCCGUCGGCCUUACGGUAUGACGACGCAAGCGAGCGAAUGGAACUGCGAUCUACUAGCACAGUCGCUGAGCGACUGCCUGAGCCCCCACGACCUGAACCUCAACUUGUACAACUUCGACCAGACAGAUGCUUCCGACUGCCCCUACGUGCUGACCAGCCCGCGGUCGCUGGAAGCGUGCGCUAACCAAGGCGUUAAGCCGGUGGAGCUACUGCCGAGACUCUUCGAGGAGUUCGCGGAAGAGCUCGCACCUGGAGUACCGCCGGAGGAGGCUCGGCGGCUCUUCGAACAGGCUGAACGGGAGCGCACCGCUAAGCUGGCGCGGUGCCGGCGCGAAAGAGAAGCUCUCAUUCGCUUGGACCGGCUCCGUCGCCGCCGGUCACUAUCCCUGUCUCCCGGGAGCCGUGUCGUGCAACGCCGUAGCGGAACCAGACCGCUCGGGGUGCUUCUGUCGUCAGAUGAAGAUGAUGGCAGUGUAGAUGACUCAACGAGCACAACUCGUGAGCCAAGUUCAUCGGCUAGAGGAGAUUCUGAUGAAGGCAGCACACCCGGAUCAAGCACAGAAGGCAGACCCGCUAGCAAGUCAACACCUACUUCCCCAUUCAGGCAACCAGCACCAUUGGUCCCGGUGCCAGCUUCACUGCUUCCGUGGGUGGACAAACCCAGUCUACCAGCCAAGGAUGUAAAGCUACUGCAGCUGAUGCUCCAGCGGCGGCAGCGUGACGAAGAAGCAGCUGAACAGCGCCGGCUGGCACAUCGUGCCUGGGAUCAGGAAAAGGAAAAGCGUGCCCUGCAGUCUCGUGACAAGCGUUGGAGAAGUCGGCAGGCCUUGACAUCCAGCAGCAGUUGUGAGCUCUUGGACAGUGAAUCCCUUUCAGGCAGCGCAACGGCAGAACAGAAGUUGCAUCGUGUCUGGGCUGAGGAAGAGACUCGGCGUCGGCAACUGCAGGAACGACUUCGCCAAAAAGAGCAGGAGUGUGCCCAGCGAGUCGCUCAGGCGGCUGCGCAGAGGCAAAAUGAGGCCCGUCGCAGUGCACAGCAAGUUGAAGAACGACGUGGACAGGUGCUUCAGCAGCAGCGCCAAAUGGACGCUGCAUUGGACGUGUGGCGAGAGCGAGUGGCCGAGUACCAGGCGGCUGCCAAUGGGCGAGCCCGUCAGGCAGUGCAGCAGCGUUUGGAGGAGCGGCGCCGCGAGGCUCUGCGUCAGCGACUCGAACGGGAGGCCGAGCAACGACGUAACCUCGCCCGGAUCGAGGCCGACCGGGAGCAACGGCUGCAGGCAGCAGCAGCUCGGCUGCGUGACAAAGAAGAACGUGCCCGACAGUUGGCACAGCAGAAGGAGUUCUUUGUAGAGCAGUCACGUCGCCUUGCCCUGGCCACUGCUCAGUUGCGAGAGCAACUUCGCUUGCAGCCCUCCUUGCCGCCCUCUUGGGGUCCCGGCCUCGUAAGGAAGUCCCGGUCUCAUGAGGACAUGCUCGACUGAGUCGGUCACUUCCAUCUGGGGUUCCGUCCGGCUGGCUGGGAAGGGCAAGCAGACAACGCCAGCAGGGGGCCUCCUUUCUUCCUAUAUUUUGUUGCUUUAUUCCUCUGGAAAGGGAAAAUAAAAUGUAUGCCUGCUUCAUACUUGUAGUGUGAUGCAACUUCA